AUGUCGAGACCAAGAUUCUCUGCUCUAGCCAACGCUCUAGCAAACAACCCUCUUGCUCAUCGGCCCUCACUCCUGUCGCGUGCUUCUGCUCUGCAAAUGGCUUCGUCGUAUCCCAUCAGCACAGACACGUCCGACAUUGCCACUCCUCGCUCCGCCUCGCUUUCCUCCAUUGGUUCGAGAACGUCCGCCCGCUCUGUCUCUCGAUUCUCUGCCCGCUCCACCUCGCAAACCUCAACCUCGAGACAAUCCUUUUCCGCUCACCGACUAACCCAACGCAACACAAUGAAUGUAGUCGACAUUGCUGCCAUCCAAGAAGCCAUGAAAAUGACUAGUUUGGAUCAACACCGCGGCUACUCGCAAGACCGCUUCGCCGAGGUCAAGCAGGCCCAGCCCACCGAAUACAUCAAUGAGUCUGCCGCUGCCGGCUACCAAAUCAUCCGUGAGCCUCACUGGAACAAGGGUCUCUCAUUUACUCCCGAGGAGCGUGUCGCCAAGAACCUCACCGGCCUCAUCCCUCACACCAUGGAGAGUCUCGAGACCCAGAGCAUCCGUGCCAUGAAGAUGAUCCAGACCCGCCAGACCAACAUUGACAAGUACCUCUACCUGUCAAACCUCAAGGCUCAGAACAUUGACCUCUUCUACCGCCUCCUCAUGGAUAAUAUCCGUGAGCUCAUGCCUCUCGUAUAUACUCCCACCAUUGGCGACGUCUGCCUGCAAUACUCCACCCUGUAUACUCGCCCCGAGGCUCUCUACAUCUCGAUCAAGCAGCGCCGCUCGAUCAAGACCAUGCUCCGCAACUGGCCUUGCACAAACCCCGAGAUUUGCGUCGUCACCGACGGUUCCCGCAUCCUCGGUCUCGGCGAUCUUGGUGUAAAUGGCGUUGGCAUCUCUAUUGGCAAGCUGUCCCUGUACACUGCCGCCGCCGGCAUCAGCCCCGAAAAGACUUUGCCUAUUGUCCUCGACACUGGUACGGACAACGAGUCCAACCUCAAGGACCCCCUGUACCUGGGUCUCCGCCAGAAGCGUGUCCCGAAGGCCAUCCAGCAAGAUUUCAUGGAUGAGUUCAUGGAUGCCGUCAAGGAGGUCUACCCCAACAUGGUCGUCCAGUUUGAGGAUUUCGAGAGCGAGAAGGCCUUCAACUACCUUGACCGCUACCGCAACACCCACCGCUGCUUCAAUGACGACGUCCAGGGUACUGGUGCCGUCGUUCUGGGUGGUUACAUCGGUGCCGUCAACCUGUCCGGUGUCCCCAUCGAGGACCAACGCCUCGUCUUCAUGGGUGCUGGUUCCGCCGGCGUCGGUGUCGCCAAGCAGCUCGUCGAGUACUACACCAAGCGCGGUCUCAGCCCGAGCGAGGCCCGUGACCGUUUCUGGCUCGUAGACACCAAGGGUCUCGUAACCAAGGACCGCGGUGACCACCUUGCUGAGCACAAGCAGUACUUUGCCCGUACUGAUAACCACGGCCAGCAGUUCCGUACUCUCGAAGAGGUCAUCGAGUAUGUCCGCCCCAGUGCCCUUGUCGGUCUGGCGGCCACAUACGGUGUCUUCACCGAGUCGUGCAUCCGUGCUCUCAAGCACUCCGUCGACGGUGGCGGCCCUAACCGCCGUCCUAUCCUGUUCCCUCUGAGCAACCCUCUCACCAAGGCCGAAUGCACCUUUGAGCAGGCUGUUGAGUGGACGGAUGGCUCCGUCAUCUUUGCCUCUGGCUCACCCUUCUCGUCUCUCACCGUCACCGGCCCCAAUGGCAACGAGAUCACGUACCACCCCAACCAGGGCAACAAUGUCUAUGUCUUCCCCGGUCUUGGUCUUGGUGCCAUUCUCGCCCAGGCCACGCGCGUCACCGACGAGAUGGUGUACACAUCGGCCUCUGCUCUGGCCAACUGCCUGAAUGCAGAUGAGAUUGCCAAGGGUCUCAUCUACCCCCGCAUCGAGCGCGUCCGUGACGCCAGUGUUAUCAUUGCCCGUGAGGUCAUGAAGGCCGCUCGCCGCGAAGGUGUUUCCACUCUUCCCGAAGGGCUCUGGAAUGAGUGGGAGGAGUGGGGUGAUGUGGCGCUGACCUCGUACAUUCAGCAGCGCGUCUAUGAACCCAAGUCGUUCAACGAUGCUAACAGCAGCCGUUUGUAA